CGUACCUUGCUAGCUUGACACAGGUCUCAGCAUAGCGUGACUGAUGGUACAAAUUGAUAAUGUCUGGAGAUUCAAAGCAUGUACAGAUAACUAUUACUUUAUGACAGCUCGUACGUGUUUCAGCAACAGUGUCAGUCACACGCCGCAGCCACCUGAGCCUGAACGAGCCCACCUCUGCUGCUGAGUUUACCUUGCUGUCCCCGCCAGGUUGUCAAUAUGGCCUCAUGGAUUAUUCAGAUGACUGUGGUGGUGCUAUCUGUCUUUGUGAAUAGCAGCCAGGGGAAAAAGGACAAGACACUGUACUGUUCUGCAUGCAGGGCUAUUGUGGACGAACUGAACUACUCAAUCAGUCAGGUGGACCCAAAGAAAACCAUCAACAUCGGCAGCUUCAGACUCAACCCUGAUGGGACCAUGAAAGACAAAAAGAUCCCUUUUGCACGGUCUGAGACUCAUCUCAGCGAGCUGUUGGACGGGGUUUGUGGCAGUAUGAGUGACUACGCACUCUAUGUUGACCCCACUAGCCAGCAGAAACAGUACAGGAGGUUUGCUCCCAGGAGCGAGGGGGCCCCUGGAGAUUUCCCUGACUUUAAAAACUUCCAGUUCGACGGUCCCGAGGCAUCCAACGCCUUGAAAUUUGCAUGUGAAACCAUAGUGGAGGAGUUGGAGGAUGAUAUCAUCUCUCUCUUCAGCCAGAAUACAGAGCAUAUGGUGGAGGAGUUAUGCAACACAGUCUCAGACUACUGUGAAGGCGCCGAUCUCCUGAAGGAGGAGUUAUAGUAUAAUUUUAUAUUUUCGAUACAAGACGUUGGGACCAGCAUUGUUACAAGCAUUUGGAAAAAAAGAGGCCUUACACAAAUGAUAUUUUGACAAAUUAAUGAAAUUAAUUCUUUUAAAAUAAAUAAUCUUAUUGAAACUGCA